UUGAAGCAAAAUCUAAUGAAUUUCCCAAUCCACGCGACGAUCUACGGCCCCCCAAAUUCUACUGCUUACCCAUCUUGUUGAAAAACUAUCAAAAAUAACAACUACAAACACUAACAACGCCGUUAAGCACUAAGCUGUACAUAAGCUUCAUGUUAAUGAAACGUAGUCAUCAAAUUAAGUUCGGCUCAUUUCAUUUGAAAACCCCUUUUGUUUCCGUCAGAUUGGUUUAACUUGCAGUUGAUGAAAACCCCUCUUCCUUGGCCCUUACACAAAGUCUCAAACCUUUUCUACGGAAACUUUCACUAUACGUCUGUCCUCAGUCCCAGAGACAGGUCUAUAAAUAUACUCUUUCAUGACCAUCCAAUGCAAUAAUCCUCCACGGUGAUACAUUCUCAAACAAAAUUAACACAACAUGCCUAAGAGUUCUUCAGGUUCCUACUUGGGUCCAGGAGGCUUGGAUCUGUCCCAAGCCUUCUUCAAGUCCAUUCUUCACACUGCUCCUCCCUCUCCCACCAAGAGACACACCAAGAUAUCCGUCAUCGGAGCCGGCAACGUCGGCAUGGCCAUAGCCCAGACCAUCCUCACUCAAGACAUCACCGACGAGCUUGUCCUCCUUGACGCCGUGCCGGACAAGCUCCGUGGAGAGAUGCUCGACUUGCAGCACGCCGCCGCGUUUCUGCCUCGCACAAAGAUCCAUGCUUCCACUGAUUACUCCAUCACCGUGGGAUCUGACCUCUGUAUUGUCACCGCGGGCGCCCGCCAGAGCGAGGGCGAGUCCAGGCUGAAUCUUUUGCAAAGGAACCUUGCCAUGUUUAAGGGUAUCAUUCCUCCAUUGGCUCGUUAUUCCCCACACACUGUCCUGCUCGUCGUUUCGAACCCUGUCGACGUGUUAACUUACAUUGCAUGGAAGCUUUCCGGCUUCCCCUCAAACCGAGUCAUCGGAUCUGGUACCAACCUGGACUCCUCCAGGUUCAGGUUCCUCAUGGCCGAUCAUCUCGACGUCAAUGCUCAGGACGUGCAGGCUUAUAUAGUUGGGGAACACGGUGACAGCUCGGUGGCUCUGUGGUCAAGUAUUAGUAUUGGGGGAGUGCCGGUGCUGAGCUUUCUGGAGAAGCAACAGAUAGAGUACGAGAAAGAGACGUUAGAGAACAUUCACAAGCAUGUGGUGGAGAGUGCUUAUGAAGUGAUUCGUCUGAAAGGCUAUACUUGCUGGGCCAUAGGGUACUCGGUGGCUAGCUUGGCUCGAACCAUCCUGAGAGACCAGAAGAAGAUCCACCCAGUGUCGGUGCUCGCAAACGGGUUUCAUGGCGUAUACGGGGGACAAGUGUUCUUGAGCUUGCCGGCUCAGCUUGGAAGAGGAGGCGUAUUGGGUGUCACCAAUGUGCACCUUACUGAAGAGGAAGCUCAGAAGCUGAGAGACUCCGCUAAAACCAUCAUUGAGGUGCAGGCGGAGUUGGGCAUUUGAAUUUUGGGGCAUGGAUUGUUUCCUCUACUUUCUGUCCUUUUCCUUUUCCUUUUCUGGCCAAUAGAUCA